AUGCAGCACUUUCCCUAUCAUUACACCCCGGAACACCUGGCCUGCUUAAGGAACUACCAAAUAGGACUUCUGGCUGCUUCCACCCAGACCAAUUCCUCCUUGUUCACAAUCGAGAACAUCUUGUCUCCACGAACUCCUCAGCCUCAGCAGCCGCCCCAACAGCCAGCCCGCCGGUUCGCUCCUCACACCUUCCCUAACCUCUCGCCUCUCCAUAGGGACUACCUCGUGAGGUAUCACUAUCCUUUUCACGGUAUCUUUAACUCCCUGGAUAUCGAGAAAUUGGGACAGAAGCGAAAGCGGCGGCACCGAACAAUCUUUACAGAGGAACAACUAGAGAUGUUGGAGGGCACUUUCCAGAAAACUCACUAUCCAGACGUUCUUCUUCGGGAGGAGCUAGCCAUGAAGGUGGAUCUAAAGGAGGAGAGAGUCGAGGUUUGGUUCAAGAAUCGACGGGCGAAAUGGCGGAAAGUUAAACGUGAAGAUGAGGCUACAAAGCAAGGUCACUCUGGUUCGAAACCAAAAUCAACGAUUACAUCAGAGACACAAAAGAACAAUGUAUCAGGAAACGACAGUGAAGAUGAUAACGACGAUGAUUUGGGAGAAGAUAUGACAAUUUGUGUCGAUGACGAUUUCAGCACUUCAAGUCCUCUUCAAAGAGAAGAGAAUGAAAGUAUAUCUAGUGAUAAUUCUCAUUGUGAACGUAAUGACAGCCAUGAUGGACAUAUGACCGACAGAAAAGACAAUGGUGCCAAAACAGAAAAUGAAAAUGCAAGUAACACAACCCCUUCCAAUGUGCAAGACGAUAAUAUUUUAUUAGAAUCUCACAACCGUGCAAAAGAGGACAAUCUUGAUUCAUCUAGGUGA